GAUGGGAUAAACAUUCUUAUGGGUACCAUGGCGACGAUGGGCACUCCUUUUGUUCUUCAGGGACAGGACAGCCCUAUGGCCCUACCUUCACCACUGGAGAUGUGAUCGGCUGCUGUGUCAACCUUAUCAACAAUACCUGCUUCUACACAAAAAACGGCCACAGUUUAGGUAUAGCCUUUACAGACCUCCCUUCAAAUCUCUACCCUACAGUGGGUCUCCAGACUCCAGGAGAGAUAGUCGAUGCCAACUUUGGGCAGCAGCCAUUUGUGUUUGACAUUGAGGACUACAUGAGGGAGUGGCGAGCGAAGAUUCAGAGCACCAUUAAGCGGUUUCCCAUAGGAGACAGACUAGGCGAGUGGCAAGCCAUGCUGCAGAAUAUGGUUUCAUCUUAUUUGGUUCAUCAUGGGUACUGUUCAACAGCAACUGCCUUCGCCCGAGUCACAGACACCACAAUCCAGGAAGAACAGACCUCAAUAAAGAACAGACAAAGAAUACAGAAGCUAGUAUUAGCAGGCAGAGUGGGAGAAGCUAUAGAAGCCACCCAGCAGCUCUAUCCUGGCCUCCUAGAACAUAACCCCAACCUGCUCUUCAUGUUAAAGUGCCGGCAGUUUGUGGAGAUGGUGAAUGGGACAGACAGUGAAGUACGUUGUUUCAGUGCCCGCAGCCCCAGAUCCCAGGACAGUUACCCUGGGUCCCCCAGCUUAAGUCCUAGACAUGGAUCAAGCAACUCACACGUUCAUAGUACUGGAGCAGAUAGUCCAACCUGUAGCAAUGGAGUCAUGUCCACAAAAAGCAAACAGAGUCACAGUAAAUACCCAACACUGAGUUCAUCAUCUUCAUCUUCCUCCUCCUCCUCCCCCUCAUCUGUGAACUACUCUGAGUCCAAUUCUACAGAUUCUACCAAAUCUCACCAGCACAGUAGUACAAGUAACCAAGAAACCAGUGACAGUGAGAUGGAAAUGGAGGCUGAGCAUUACCCCAAUGGAGUCCUGGAAAAUUCAUCCACCAGGAUAGUGAAUGGCACCUACAAACACGAGGAGAUCCUGCAGACAGAUGAGUCCAGCAUGGAAGACAGCUGCCCACAGAGGCAGCUCUGUGGAGGGAACCAUGCUGCCACAGAGCGAAUGAUCCAGUUUGGACGGGAGCUGCAGAUGCUGAGCGAGCAGCUUUGCAGAGAGUAUGGGAAGAACACAAUGCAUAAAAAGAUGCUUCAGGACGCAUUUAGCUUGUUAGCUUACUCAGACCCUUGGAACUGCCCCGUCGGUCAACAGCUGGACCCGAUCCAGAGGGAACCUGUGUGUGCUGCUCUUAAUAGUGCUAUAUUGGAAUCUCAGAACCUGCCAAAUCAGCCCCCGCUGAUGCUUGCCCUGGGCCAGGCCUCGGAGUGUUUGCGGCUCAUGGCUCAUGUGGGCUUGGGCUCCUGCUCCUUUGCCAGAGUAGACGACUAUUUGCACUAGCCACCAGAGCAAGAUGGAGUUGACAUCGCUGAGUGCUGCCCUUCACCCUCUGUUGCUGCCACUCUGCACCACCACCUCGUUUGAUAGCCUGACCUCUUUGCCACCAACACCCUCCGUAGCGCACACACACGCUGCCCGUGGAAGGAUUGAGUGGGUCCCUCACUGUGUGGCUAUUCCUGACCCCAGGAAUGACGGGCAGAUCUUUCCUGUCUCCCUGCCAUUGCUGUGGCUCCAGUGGCACUCAGUAUUUUGCUGGUUAUUCUAAUGUAGCGCCUUC